AAAAUUAUUUCAGAGGUAAGGAAAUUAAAAACAAAAAAUUCUUUAGAUUUAUUAUAGCGUAUAUGUAAUAUAACAUGGAAUAGGCAAUGUGGAAUAAAAAUAAAUACGAGAAAUAUUAGAUGUGUAAGCAAUUACGUAAGUGCGUAAAAGUCGAACAUAAUUUUAAUGCAAAAGUUAGCAUAAGAAACAGAUAUGAUAAAACUGACGUUUUUCCCUUUCUUGAUGUUGUUGUUAGAGAGAUGUUAUGAUACAGUUUGUAACGUAAACAAAGUGUGAGUUAUCGCUAUCAUUGUUUACCUUUCUUUACCUCAUUACAUAUUUUUGUUCGGAAGGAAAUUCCUUCAUUGAUAAGAAUUUUUCUCGUAUUUCAGAUAAUAACUACUGUGACGGUAAUUGGCCGUAUAAUCCACAUACUGCUCCACCACCAACGGAUUCGGUACUUUACUGGAUGAGCCCUCCACCGCCUGUGCCACCUCAACAUUUCAACACGGCUUUAAAUUACCAUCAUAGUCCAUUGAAUACCAAUGUGUAUAAUUUUGCCGAUAGGCCCUGCCAUUCUCCAUUGCCUAUGAUGGCUCCUGUCAUGCCGCCCGCAACUUUUACUUCAGCAACACAAGACAGCCAAAUCGACAUGUUCGAGAGGGCGAUGGAUCUUAAGUGUCUGCGCGAGAAGAAUAUAAAAUUGGUGGAUGAAAAUCAGCUACCACCCUCCGUUCUGAGCCUUGAGCGCCUUACUGCACUAGGGGGAGGACAACAAAAUGCUUACGAAAAAGACCAGGGAUUAGGGGGAAAAAACUGGACUCCUCCACACUCUACAAACAACGCUUCGCCUCAAUAUCAUCGUAGCAGAGCUAAUAAAUGGAAUCAAACCAAAGCCCGUACACCAAAAAAGAGCAGUUUAACACCUGCUAGAAAGACUGAAGCUGUUAAUACGCUAGGGCAACCUAACCAUAAAGCUUACUCCUCGAAAAUUAAUCCACAGGAGCUCGAACAACCAGAGAGGCAGAUGUUUCACAUGUUACCUACAUUGACUUAUGAAAAUCAACUUCCACAAGUAACUAAGGAUGGCAAAUUGGAAUUUAAAAAUAAUACGAGCUUACCACGCUUACCUCCUCCAGAGUCUUUUGAAAAGCUUAUAAAGUCGAAGAGGAGGAGAAAAAAGGGAUCGAAAAAGUCUGGUGUAUUUAAUUGCGGAUUUUGUCGCAAGAACAACAUAAACAACCCUAGCUUCCAAACGCAUCCUUUAAAAGAUGAAGAAUUCCGCGUUCUUUGCCCUAUGCUGAGAGCCUAUAUUUGUCCUAUAUGCUUAGCGAGAGGAGAUAAUGCACAUACAUUAAAGUACUGUCCGUAUGCUGUCAAGCCAUGGUUUAUAAUGAAAAUUACUUUGUCUCAUUGGUCUUCGCUACCUCUUUCUGUACAAAUUCGCCUUACGAAAUUGGCUAAUGAAACGGGAAUAAAAUCAAUUGAACCAAUUUAUCCAAAUACCAAAUUAGACUAUUUGUCUCGAUCUCGAUUACAUAUGAAUAUGACUGUUUCCAAUGCAGUAACUCUUCUUCGUAAAGGAUACUUUCAUUUUUAUCCCGUACCUCAACGAAAACAACCAACGGAAAAUCUAGCCCCGAGACAUCCGGAAAAUUCGUACAAUGAAACAUAUGGGAAUAUGAAUUUCGACGUGAGCCCUAACUCAAAUGAAAAUUCCACAAUAAAUCCAACUUUACUAUCCCGUGUUAAUGGUAAUAACGUACAAAGCAAUGGAAUGACAAUGCAUUUAAAUACGAAUUUAAAUAAUCAAGGGCAGUUCCUUCCACCAAUAGCCACUGGUGUAAAUAUGAAUAAUCAAGGGCAGUUCCUUCCACCAAUAGCCACAGAUAUAAAUAUGAAUAAUCAAGUGCAAUUCCUUCCACCAGUAACUACAGAUAUAAAUAUGAAUAAUCAAGGACAAACUCUCCCACCACUAACUAUGGAUAUAAAUAUGAAUAAUCAAGGGCAAUCUCUUCCACCACCAGCUAUGGAUAUUAACAUGAAUAAUCAAGGACAGUAUCUUCCGCCAUUACCCACGGAAAUGAAUAUGAAUUCGAACAUAAACAUGAAUAUGCAUUCAAACCUGAUUCCAAAUCUCCAUAUGAAUAUGAAUCCUGCCACGAAUCCAAAUAUUCCUAUAAAUAUAAAUCCUGAUACCAGACCAAUUUUCCACAUGGACAUGAACAAUUCAACGAAUGUAAAUAAUCUUGCCUAUCAAAAUCCAACUCAAUCUUACACACCACCGUCAAAUAUGACUCAAACAACCCAGUUUCCACAGAAUCCUCUUGUACUUACUCAAGGUUACAAGUUUACGAGAGAGAAGAUUCUGGAGACAACUGCUGCCAUUGGGUCGGCUAUUUUCCCUCCAAUUAUCAACAAUACUGGAUACGGGUAUCAAACUGUCCCGGAGCCUGUUACGUAUCAAGAAAAUCACAGAAAUUUUGCUCAAUCAGAAGCUAUUAAUCAUAUGCCCGUUAAAAGUUAUAAACACGUAGACGGAUCGCACAAAUAUAAUUAUAAUAAGAAACACGAUGUGACUUUGACGAAUAAACCUCGUAAAGAAAUUACAAAAUUCAAAUCAAUACCCAGUCAUUUUAAUACCAAUUCAGUAAAAGGACAUAAAUUUCAUACCAGCACUACUACAAUUCAAACCAAGCCAGAAAAAUUGGAAAAACCCAUAGAAAAAUUAGAUACUGUUUCUGAUAUAAAUGGCAAGAAGACUAGUGAGAGAAAUGACAAAAUUAAGGCAGUCACAUCAAAGGGGUUUUCGAAAACCACCAAUACAAAUAAGAUAAUCCCAAAAAGUAAUUCAAAAUCUUUACAUAGAGAAUAUCGUUGUGUACAAAUUACGAGAGGUGGGCCUAGUAAGAAAACUAAAUUUAAGCAUUCCACUAAUCCGGAGGUCACAAAGGAGAAAGAUGAAUUAGGCGAGUUAACAGCAGAAAGCAGUGAAGCUGAUUUAAAGAAUACUCCAGUUUACAAGUCAACGUCCAGUACUGUUAGUAAGAUAAAUACAAAACGUGAGGAUGAGAAGAAAUCACGAGAUUAUAAUACAAACGUUGAUAAGACUAAAAAUCAGCAAAGCGAAGCAAAACCUAGAGUUCCAACCUAUUCAGAAAUAAUAACGAGAAAUACCAAUAAUAAAUCAAACUGUUUAAAAAACACCAAACUUCCGGAUGCAACAAAAUCGCAAUCUUUCCAAAACUCCAAAAUUUCAAAAAAUGAAAAAAUAGAAAAUUCCGGUAAAUUGAAAUCUGAGAGAGAUACAGUUCGAUCAAAUGCUGUAUCUAAUAAACCGACAGAGGACUCAAAGUUGGAGAUAGCACAAAGCGAAGCACCCAAGCCAAAAAUCCCAACAUAUUCUGACAUAAUUAUGCGAAAUAAUCCAAUGAAUAAAAAUAAUACAACUGUCGAAGGUGUUAAAAAGCCGAUUGUUAAUAGUCAGAAAAAGUUGGAAGACAAGACAAUAAAUCCAGCGCGGGAGGGAACCAAUAAUCCGAAAGAACGUUUAAAUGACUCAAAAAAAACCUGUCAGGUUAGACCAAUAGGAUUAAAAACUUAUACCAAUCCAAAUAGAAACAGGAGUUUACGAAAUGAGAGGAGUGUAAAUGACAAUCAACGGACCGAUGGACACCUAAAGAAAAAUGGAAGGAAAAAUCAUAUCAGGUAUUCGGAAAGAUGUUAA